AUGAGCGAGGGGGCUGCCGGCGCCGCGGCGCCCGGGGCGGCGGAGGCGGCGGCUGCGGCGGGGGGCCCGGGCGGGGAUGGGGCCGGGGGGCCGCCGCGGGAGCUGCGCUGCAGCGACUGCAUCGUUUGGAACCGGCAGCAGACGUGGUUGUGCGUGGUACCCCUCUUCAUCGGCUUCAUCGGUCUGGGGCUCAGCCUCAUGCUGCUCAAGUGGAUCGUGGUGGGCUCCGUCAAGGAGUACGUCCCCACCGAGCUGAUGGACGCCAAGGGCGUGGGGCAGGACCCCUUCUUCCUUUCCAAGCCCACCGCUCCCCCGCGCGGCGCGGAGACCACCGCCGCGGCCACGCCGCGGCCGCCCAGCCGUGUCAGCCCCCGCCUCACCACCAUGAGCCGGGCGCCCCCGCGGCCCCCCGGCACCCGCGGCCCGGCGCGGGGCGGCCCGCGGCCCACG